AUGUUAGACACCGGCAACAACAGCCAUAUCCCAACAAUAGUCAGGAAUGACCACUUCACCUAUGGGCGGGACUUCGCCGGCCAUGCUGCCACCGGGAAGUUCUCCAACAGCCUCCUUGUGCCUAACUUGCUUAGCUUCAAGCUGGGCAGACAGUUGUCACUGCCGUUCAUGGACCCAAAGCUAUCAGAGGAUGGCAUCAGAUCAGGUGUGAACUUUGCAUCAGCUGGAUCUAGGUUCGACGACAUGACAUGGGUUCUGUGGAACACGGCGCCAAUGGUGAUGAAAUUAGAGACGUUCAAGUCCUAUCGUGCUAGGCUUGAAGAGAUGGUUGGAGAGGAGGCUGAUAGGAUUGUUGGCAAACCACUGGAUUUUUGA